UUGCUUCUUACGCCCAUCAUGCCCGCCAUCGUCCCUCACGGUCCCGCCGCCACAACGCGCGCUGGCUUCAUCUGCGACUCUGGAAGCCUCGGGGAUCUCACAGCACAGAAGAGCAGACCCUCACCGUCCUCCUCGCCAGCCUUGCUCGCUGUUCCGAGCCUAUCUUACUCGCAUCAUGCUACGCCCUCGAAGCAACUCAAAGCGCCGCCUCGCACGCCAGCUGAGCGCGUCCUCCGCGAUCUACAAGCUACUGCUCGCCGACUUCUCAACGACCCAGAUCUCACGCAGACCUCCGCCUUCGUCACGAUCGCCCCGCUGAUCGCGUUCGUCUACCUCUUCAUCGCUGGCGCGGCCGCACUCCGCUUCGCCGACACCCUCCACCGCCUCGACGCGUCGGCAGAAACCGUCUGCAUCCUCGUACUCGGCGGUGGACUAGCCUUUCUUCUGGGCGGGCUCUUCGUGCUCGGCCUGCUGCGCGCCUGCAUCUACGGGAUCGCGUCAACAGGACGCGCGCUCGCGGAGACGGACAUCGACGAGUGGAUGGGAGGCAAUCCGCGACUCAUGGAAUACGAGGUCCUCUUUGGCGGGCUCACUAUCGCUACGGAGAAGCCAUAGCUGCGCUAGGCGGGAUGGGAUAGGCAGGGGAACGGGCUCGAGCUCGUCGACUAUAACAACCACAAACUAUACGCCAUGACUGUCAUUACUCCAUCCUCAACGGCUUUCACGCGCCACUUAAGGUGGCGCGUUAUACUACACUACACUAUAUCUACCUAAUAGUACUUUUCUUGGCUGCGCUGCGGUUCUAUAUGCUCUCCACUGUACCCUAAUCAUCCGAAUCUCGUCUCGUCCUGG